AUGUUUUGCUCAAAAGAAUCAAGAACGGUUGUCCUUCUCCUUGCGCUGGUAAUAUCGCUAACCGUGCUUUGUCACUCACAUGAUGUAACAACUGUAUUGACCACGUCAACAAUUACCGAGUUUGCCGUUGUGACUGCUGCACCGCAACCACAAAACAAAGCCGAAACCGUUUUGAACACUGCAACCAACAUAAUACAGACUAUGCAGUUUAUUUUCAACUGUGCACCCUUCAAGUGGAAGGGCCCUUUGAAAAUAACCUCUUGCGCACUCAACUUUAUGGUCCUACUGCUCACUGCAUGGGGCUACCUCCUGAAGUAUUUGCAGGAUAAUAAGCUGAAUACUGACGCCGAUAUGGAACAAGUCGUAGGACUCGGAUUUGGUGAGAUGGUGGGCAAAAUCGUUGGGAAGGGCGUCGGGAAAGCCUUUACCAAAAUGGACAUCUCCCAGAAGCUAGUGUAUCCAUUCGAGGGAAGCAAUAACCAGAAAUGCCUAGUAAUGACCGUUGGAGAGAGUUCGAUAGUACCGUACCACGACUUGUCCACAGAGAUAUGUUUCAACUGCCACACCCUCGAUUCAUUGUCUCACCGCGACCACGACAGUGUUUCUGCCUUAGACACGCAUUCUGUAAGCUCCCUGGGACUGGCCAACAUCCCAUCAGAAAUGUCGGUCGUAAGCGAACUAUACACUCAUUUUGGAGACUAUACAGUAGAAGUUCUAAGCGGCAUCAUGAAGUUGGCAUCAGCCCUUAAUGGAGAUAGCUGGCAGAGGGAAAGAAAUGGGUUCGUAGUUCUUUCUAGAGACCGGCCUAACGAGACGUUACUAAGCGUUCACAUGUACACUUCAGGCUUGUUAUAA